AUGUCACCACUCGCUUCUUCUCCGACUGCAAGGCUACUCGGCUCUGGACGAAACGGCGCCGCGGCAAUUCUUCUGUCCCUAGUCUGCCCUUUCAAUGUUUCCAAUCUCCCACCAACACGUUCAAUUCAUCCCCUUGACAUCGUCUCCUCUCCGUCCCCCUUCUCGCUUCUCAUCCCUCCAACCACCACCCCAACAGUGCUUCUUCUUGCAACACCCAUUGCAACACCCCCACAAGCCGCUGCGACCACUGUUUCCGCUGGAAACUCAAGGACCGCCGCGGCAGCGCUCCUAGCACGAUCCGCAAUCCCCGGGCCAACACCCAUCGCCAACAUCCCCCUCUUCCCCGCCGCCUCCCCCGCCGCCGCCAUAAACGCAGGAGCUGGCGGGAGUGACGUCACUCAUCCCGCUUCCGCUGCCGCCUCCCCCUCCGCCUCCCCCAGUACAGCUUCCGCUGCUCCUCACAUACCAUCCGCCCCCGCCGGCACUCCUUCAGCCAUCCUUCCGCUUCCGCUUACCGCCAUAGUCCCCGCCAAGAAAACCGCUACAGCUGCGGCUGUAGCGCCCGCACCUGCGCAGGGCUCCACGUCACCGCCGCCCAAAUCCCCUCCCGCCAUGACUCGUGGCGGAACGGCAGGCGCGGUCAGCUUGGAGCGCGCUCCGGUAGGGGCGGAGAUUCUUCUGAACGCCGUGAAGGCCGCGGGGCUGCGCGCGCGCGCGAGCGCGUGCGUGUUUGCUGCUGAGAAGCGGACAUUCGAGCUGGUGGCGGGGCUGAGUACACUAAUUGCGCUCAACGCGACGGACGCGUGGGCGCCUCCCAUUGGUCGGAAGGUGCUGACGAACGACUGCCAAUUCUUGAUCGACGCCACGUGUCAAGAUGUCACGCCCACUGGCGGAUGCGACGACCACAACGAAUGCACGACUGACACGUGUGUGCCUGCCGACCCAGCCACAUGUUUGCCUUAUCCCGACUGCCUCUUAGCGGGCCCGUCCUGUUCCUAUACCGCGUCCCCCGGUAGUGAAACGAACCCAGCUUGCAUCGCGCCGCCAACUCCCCCGUCUGCGCCUAAGGGCUCAGUUUCGUCCGCUUCCGCCAAUGUAUCCGCGGGCGGUGGCGGAAGCGGGGACGAGGGGGAAGACGGUGGAAGCGGAGAAGGCGAGGGGAAAGACGGGGAAGGGGGGAAGAACGCGGGAAGUGCGGAUUCGGAUGCGGAGGGGGGAGAGAAGGGGGCGAGCGGGGAAGGGGAGCAAAGCGGCUCAGACGACACGUCUGCUUCGGCUGGCGGCGAUGCUUCUAACGAGGAUGAUACCGGAGAUAAUAACGAGGACGGGUCAGACGACACUGUCGAAAUCGUGGGAACCAUGCCGCCGCCUCGCAGCGCGUGCAUCUUCAUCCCCAAUAAGAACCGCUUCAUGAUCCGCUUAAAGAACCGCUUCCGCGUCCGCCUCUCCGCAAGCGACGCGUGGGCGCCGCGGCCCGGGCAAGUCGCCAUGACCGGUAAUUGCCGGUUUAUAAUCGACUCGGCGUGCGGGGUGGUGGGGAGGCCGGGGGGGUGCGACGACGGGGACGAAUGCACGGACGAUUACUGUUUAUGGCAGGGCGGGAAUAACACUAUCGGGAGUUGCACGCCGUUCCCGUCGUGCUUCUAUGAGAGCGCGCGGUGCGAGAGGCGGGUGAAGGAGGAGUGCGUGGGGAGAGUGGAGGGAGGAGGAGGGGGAGGGGGAGCGGGAGGGGGGCAAGUGGGGGAUGGGGGGUUUGCGGCGGGUGGCGGAAAGGGGAUUCGGACGGUGACUAGUGCGGGUGCUGCCGUGACUGGCGGCGCUGGCCGGGCCGACGGCGCUGACGGUGGCGGCGAUGGAAGCGACGGCGGGGGUGACACAGGGGCGGGUGUGACUAAAGCGAAUGGCAACAGCACAGCCACUGAUGGAAAGGAGAACGGCAGCAGUAAUGGGAGCGGCGAUGGCGGCGGCGAUGGCGGCGGCAUGAGCACGGAGGAUAUCGAGGCGUUGGAGGAGGAAGCACUAGCGCUGCGGCAGGCGCACGGGCAAGGGGAGCAGCAGGAUCCCCCAGCAGACCAAGACGAUUCACCAGGCUCGGCAGAAUCAGGCUCGGAAGACCCGGACCUCCUCGCCCCGCGCUUGCGCGCCCCCCUCCCCCGCCCCGCGUGCCUGUUCCGCCCCAAGCAGGGGCUGUUCGUCCGCGUGGAGGGUUGGCCGUUCUCCGCGCGCCUGUCCCGCGCGGACGCGUGGGCGCCGCCCCCCGCCGCCACGACUCUCUCCGGCGACUGCCGCUUCGAGCUCGACUCGUUCUGCUCGGUCGUGUCGCGCGUCGCGCGCGGGUGCGACGACGGCGACGCGUGCACGCUCGACACGUGCGCGUGGGCGGGGCGCGCGAACCGCGUCGGUAGCUGCGAGCCGUUCCCCUCGUGCUUCUACUCGUCCGCGUUCUGCGUGCACACGGACGUGUGCGGAAGGCCGGGGGGGAACCGCACGCGCGGGCGGGGAGGUGUGGUGAAAGAAACUAUGGCGGAUGGUGGCGGCGUCGGGGGGAAUUCGGAAGCGGGGAGCGGUGGUGGUGCUGCUGCUGACGGGACUGACGCCGAUGCUGACGGUGACGGUGACAGUACUGAUGCUGACGGUGACGCUGAUACCGAUGCUGAUGCGGAUGGUGAUGGUGAUGGGGGUGCUGAAGAGGUGAACGACCCUUACUCCGACCCUUCGGAUCAGGAAUGGCCGAACUUCCAGAUCUACCCCCCAGCCAAAACCGGCUCGGUGGUGGAGGCUUCACAAACCCUUACCCCAGGGGCAGGAGGAGGAACCUCCAACGGAACCACCACGCAAGACGUGCUGCGCACGUUAUCCCAGCCUAUCCCCUUUACAGACACCUCCGUUUCAGGCUCUUUCAACGUGUACCAUUUCGGCGCCCUGGGCGACGGGCAGAACGACGAUGGCGAGGCUAUCGAGACAGCUUUUAACGAAGCAUGCAAGUGGGCGCGGCAGAACAACGCCAAAGCAACGGUCACCAUUCCCGCUGGAGCUGAUUUCCUCACCACCCCCAUGGUAUUCUCCGGGCCCUGCGGGCCAGGUGUCAUCUUCUUAUUGGACGGGAGGAUUCUGGCUCCUAACAUGCCCGUUUCUUCCUACCAAUCGGCUUACAGCGUGGUGGCGCAUCUUUUUUUCGACCGUGUGACCGGGCUGACCGUGACGUCGUCCGGGCAGGGCAGGCAGGCAGGGAGUUUUGACGGGCAGGGGCUGGAGACGUGGCGGGAACAUUUGUCGCUCGGGCAGCCCGACUCUUAUGCCCGACCAAAGGGGUUGUCUUUCCAAAAGUGUGAUAAUCUCGUUAUAGAGCAAAUCACUGUACGGAACCCGCCUGAGAUGCACAUCAGCAUACAGGAGUGCAACAAUGUGAUUGUACAGGAGGUGACUGCAAUGAGUCCGUACAACAGCCCUGGCACUGACGGGCUGCACCUGGCCGCUGCAACGAAUGUGAUUAUAAGGAACUGCAGGAUGCACACGGGCGGCAACGGCAUCGCUAUAGUGGAUAAGAGCGCCAAUAUCAGCAUCAGCCGUGUGUUCAGCUCCGCUGGCCGGGGAAUCAGGUAUAUACUUGUGGGUAGAUUCAGUAGUUCCCUACCACCGCCAACAUCAGCGUCAGCCAUGUGUUCAGCUCAGCUGGUCGCGACAUCAGGUUUGGAUUCCACCACCCCUCUCUUGUCUCGCCUCCUUCAGAUCUCUCACUUUCCCCAAACCACCAACCCACCUUCCCUAAUUCCACCUUCCGCUUUUCUCCCCUCCCUACCCCCCGACAGCAUAUUCAAUCUCGGCCGGGACCACUUCACGGCGUGUGUAACGAAUGUGACUGUAAAGAACGCGACGGUGUACGGAGGGAGGAACGCGCUGCGCAUAAGCACGUUCCAGGGCGGCAGGGGGUGCGUCUCCAACGUGCACUUUGCUGACGUGGAGGUCAUCGAGACGACCGAACCAAUCAAAAUCGACCAGAUGGAGGUGAGGGAGAGAGGGGGGUUGGGGAGGAGGGGGGGGGAGGAGGGGUCUGGGCUGACUGCGGUGGAGAGCGGUGAGGGUGGUGAUAGUAACGGGAGUGAGAGCAGUGGGGUGGGAGGGAGUGAGAACGGGGAGGGUGAUACUGGGAGGGCAGGGGAGGAGGAUGAAGUGCCUCCGUUGCAAGCUAAAGAGGCGACAGGAAGUGACACGGGAGGAGGAGAGGAGGGGGGAGAGAGUGGAGAGGGUGGGGAUAGUGAAGGAGGAAAGGGAGGAGAAAGUGGAGGAGGAGAUGGUGGGGAUGACGGGGGAGGGAGUGGAGGGAAUGGAGGUGAGAGCAGUGAGGGGAAGGAGGGUGACAGCAAGGAGGGUGCAGCAUCGAGCAAGCAGGAGGAAGAAAAGAAGAAGAGGGAGGAGACACUGAAGCGAGUGAGGGAGACGAAGAGCAAGAGGGAGGCACUGCGGCAAAAGUGGAGGGAGGCGAGGGCGAAACGAGGCGGAGGGGUGGCGAAGCCGACCCAGGUGGACGGGGAUGGGGCUAAGGUAGCGGAGGGGAGUGGGGAAGGGAGUGAGGGAGGAGGGAGUGAGGGAGGAGGGGAGGAAGGGGGCCAGGGCAGCAGUGGAGGAGAGUCAAGCGGCUCUAGCACCCCCAGUGGUGGGGGUGGAAGUGAUGGUGGGGGUGGAAGUGAUGGUGGGGCCUCCCAGAAGCCCAGUGGGACUGGUGGGUCGAGUGACGGAGGAAAGGACGAUGGUGGCACCAGUGCUGGUGGUGAUGGUGAUAGUGGGUCUGGAUCAGCGGACGGAGAGCAAGGGGGGGACAGCAGUUCGGGUACGCAGGCGGGUGGAGGAGAGGAGGGAGGAGGGGAGGGUGCAGGAAACGAGGGUGCAGGGGACCAAGGGAGUGAGGGCAGUGCCGAUAAUAACAGUGGUGGUGAUAGUAGCGCCGGUGACAAUGGCGGUGAUAGUGGCGGUGAUAGUGGUGGUGAUGGUUCCGGUGAUAGUUCAAGUGAUAGUUCCAGUGAUAGUUCCGGUGAUAGUGCGGGUGAUAGUGCAGGUGAUAGUGGUGGUGAAAGUGGUGGUGAUAGUUCUGGUGACAGUAACGGAGAUGAGGACGAGAGGGGGAAGCAGGAGGAGGAGGGGGAGGAGCAGGAGGAAGAGGGGGAGGAGGGGGGGGAGGAGGAGGAGGAGGAGGAGGAGGAGGAGGAGGAGGGGGGGGGAGGAGGAGGAGACUGGGGCGAAACCCCCCCAGCGGACUAUACCGCGGACGACACCAGUGACGACACCAGCAGCGGAGGUGAUUAUAACGCGGAUGGAGGAGCAGGUGAGGGAGAGGGAGGAGGGGAAGAGGGAGGAGGAGGGGGCUCUGAUGGGUCGGGAAUAGAUCCGUACGACCCUCUAGGCUCAUCAGCGUCUGGUGGUGGUGGUGGUGGUAGUGGUGGCGGCAGCGGCGGGCAAGGGGGCAGCAACAGCGGUAGCAGCGGGAAUGUGCAGGAUGGAAUAACAUUGGGAAGCCGCACCAGCAGGAGUGGCACCGGCAGCACCGGCGGCACUGGGGGAAAUAGGAGUCCCGAGGAGGUUGUUGGGGCCACUGGUGGUGGCACUGGUGGUGGCACUGGCAGAGGCAUGCCGAAUGACCCGUGGCGAGGUGCUGGGGGAGGAGGGAACACGCUGGGUGGUGGAGGGAGUGGUGGGAGUAAGGGCGGCAGCGGGGGGAAGAGUGCGAGUGGGGUGCAAAAGGCUGGGAAGAACAGCGGGAGUGGCAGCAGCAGCGACAGCAGCAGCAGUGGUGACGAGGAGGAGGGGGGGAGCAGUGGGAGCGAGAGCAGUGGAGGCACUGCAGGGAUGAAAGGGAGGAACCAACACGGGGGGAUAGGGUCGAACAAGGUCGGCCCGAUGCCAGAUGAUAAGACCACAGGGGGAAAGCACAAGAGCCCCAGCUCUGCUCCCAGCAGCGGUGAUUCCCCCAGCAGCAGCAGCAGCAGCAGCAGCAAUGACUCCCCGAGCAGCAGUGGUGGUUCGUCCGGCUCCUCCUCUUCACCUGCGCCUGAUGCGGAUUCUGAAGGGGAUGGUGGGGAUGGUGGGAGCGAAUCAGGUGGUGACACGUCGGAUGCUGGUAAUGCAGGAGGGGAGGGGAAAGGUGGAAGCAGCGAUGGGGGCAGUGGAGGGGACAGUGGCAGUGGAGGGGGGUUUGUGGGGCACAAGGAGAGGCAGGAGAAGGCAAGGCGGGAGAAGGAGCGGCAGGGGCAGCACCUGGGCUCCUCCUCGGAUUCUGGAAAGGCGGAUUCGUCAGGUGAUGAGGCUGCUUCAGAGGGUGGUUCUUCGGAUGCAGCAGGGGGAACGGAGGGUGCUGGUUCCGGGGAGGCGGGGGGGAAGGGGACGGGUGGAAAGAAUGAUACCGUGGACGCGGGUGGGGAGAAGGGGGGUGAUGCAGGCGAGGAGGGCUCAGGAGAGGGGGAGAAUGAACAGGAGGGGGAAAAGGGGGGUGGUGAGGGAGGGAGUGUGGGAGGGGAGGAGGCAUCAAAGGAUGGGCAAGGGGACAAGGGGACGGAUGGGACAGAAAAAAGCACGGCAGAGGAAGGGAGUGGUGAACAGGUGAAGGAAGAAGAGCAAGCGAAAAACACCACGAGCAGUGGGGAGGUGAAGAGCGGAGGAGGAGCGGAUCCGCCCACCGGGAGCAGUGAGGAGAAGGUGACAGGCGAUGGAGGGGAGAAGGAAGGGGAGGCAAGUAACACCACAAGCAGUGAGGAGGAGAAGGGGGCAAGUGAUGGAGGGGUGAAGGAAGGAGAGACGAAAAACACCACAAGCAGUGAGGCAGUGAAAAGUGGAGGAGCGGAUCCGCCCACAAGCAGUGAGGCAGUGAAAAGCGGAGGAGCGGAUCCGCCCACAAGCAGUGAGGGGAAGGUGGCGAGUGAUGGUGAGGCAGAAUCCCCCACCGGGAGCAGUGAGACUGACUCUAGUGGAGAGGAUGGCACCAGCUCUGAGAGCUCUGAGUCAAAGUCUGACAGCUCAGAGCCGCAAUCUGACAGCUCAGGCACGGAGGCUUCUGGAGGGGAGAGCGGCGACACGGGUGGGGAAGGAAGUAAUGUUGGAGAUGGUGGGGGUGGAGGUGGGGGGGGUGAGGGGAGCAGUGGUGCAGGGGCAAUAGCACCAUCUGUUGGGGAGGAUGCUGCUGAGGCUCCAGCAUUAGACUGGGUGUGGUGGCCGUUUGGGAACGGAAAAGGCGGGGUGAAGAGUGACGUGGAUGCGCUGCUUCCUCAAGGCUGGGGUGGUGCAGCAGCGAGCGGAGGAGGAGGGACGGGGAAUGGGAGGAGGGAGAGGCUGUACAGACCAGCAGUGCAGCCUAAUCCAGUUGUGAUUGGGGGAGGAGGGACUGGCCAAGGAAGUGCAGUUGCUGCCUCAACUGACUUCGCCUCAUCUGGUUCCUCCUCGUCCUCGUCCCACUCUACAAGUGGCACGCGCAUAGUCACUUCUGGAGUCGAGCCGACAUACAGUGCUGGGGACAUGGUAUAG